UUGAGGUGAUAUAAUUUUGCAAUUCAACUAUAAUUAAUUAACAAUUUUUUGAUAAAUAUAAUAGUUACUAGAUUAAAGUUUGGAGAAGUAACUUAGAUUUUUUUUACUCAACACCAUUAAUAUCAUAUAAAAUAUAAAUUUAAAUAUUAAUAUUAGGAAGUAGACCUGUAGAGUACCACAGCCUUGUGUACAGUAUAGCUACCGCAAGUCGGUAAAGGAGAUUAAAUAUUACCCGUACCAUUGCUGCACAGCACCUUAGAUUCGUUUCGACGCAAUUCGUAACCAGUUUGGCCGCAUGUUUAUGAUCUCUACAUUGAGCUGAGUGCGGCUUUAUCAUUUGUCGAAGUCGGCUCAAAGCGAACGCACAUACAUUUAGCAUCCGACAUGUCGGCCCCAGCAAAUAAUGCCAGCCAGCAGAUGAUGACAUCGCCCGGCGAUAUGUUCAACCUGGAGAAUCCCGUCUUUUGCUGCUAUCUCUUCUGGGCCACGGUGCUGGUGGUUAAGAUGCUCCUGAUGUCCUUGCUAACGGCCGUGCAGCGUUUCCGGUACAAGCUGCUGGCACUCGUACCGCUGGCACUGCGACGCAAGAUCUUCCCCAAUCAGGAGGAUCUGUUCUUCAAGAAUCUGGAAGUGCAAUUCGAUGAUCCGCAUGUGGAACGGGUUAGAAGAGCCCAUCGCAAUGACAUGGAGAACAUCCUGCCGUACUUUAUUAUGUCCUUGAUUUAUAUCAGCACCAAUCCGAAUGCCAAUGUGGCCUGCAAUCUGUUCCGUGUGGCUUCCGUGGCCAGGAUUAUUCACACUUUGGUCUACGCCGUUUAUCCGGUGCCGCAGCCCUCGAGGAUUCUGGCCUUCGCCACCAUGCUCCUAAUCACCUUCUACAUGGCCGCCAUUGUCGCCCUGCGCACCCUAAGCUUUAUCUAAAUAAACACUAGUCCCAAUA